ACACACACACACACCAGGAUGUAGUGGCUCACACUUGUGUUCUCAGCACUCAGGAUACUGAGUGAGUGGGAUUCCGGAGAGCUCAAGGCAAGACUACAAAGUAAGACCCUUUCUUACAAAAGAAGAAAAGAAAGAAAGAAAAGAAAAAAGGAAAGAAACUGCUCAGCCCACUGUUCCCUUGCACUGUUUCCAGUUAGCUUUUUUAUUUUAAGGGUAGGGAAAGGAAGCUAAACUUGGUAGCACUUGCCUGAGUCUUAGCACUCAGGAGGCAGAGGCAGGAGGAUUGCCUCGAAUUCUACAACAGCCUGAUUUAGCUAGUUCUCGGCUAGCCAGGGCCAACUCAGAAAUGCUGUCUUGAAAACCCAAAAACCAAGUGUGUAGAUAGAUGGAUGGAUGGAUAGAUUGAUGGAUUGAUUAGAGGAGGUUGAUCACAUUUCUUUGUGUUGGCUUUUGUUUUCCUCAAAAAAAUAUGAGAGCCUUAGAGAAUCUGGGAUUGGGCUGGGACCACAUGGCUUAAGGUGCAAGUUUAAAGAGCCAUGGUCAGAAUGAAACAUCUCUGGGAAAACAAGCAAAUUGGUUUCUAAAAAAUGUUGGACAGAGGUGAGAAACUGAAACUUGAAAGAAAAACAGUUAAGUUCCAGCCCGGCAUUCGGGCUGAUGUAGAUUCUGUACAACAUCCUGUCUCUGAGUAAGCCAUCCACAGACAGACUGAUGAAACGGGGAUCCAGAAGAAGUCUGAAGGGUGUCACAGGCUGGACAGGAGCAGGUACUAGAGAAAUACAUCAGUCCAUGUGUUGAUCAGAUGUUUAUUUAGCACUUAAAACCUGUCUUUCCCUAGUCCAGAUGCUGAAGUAAGGGUCUGGCCUUUGUCUUUUAGGGGGGCUUCCAGUCAAGUUGAGGUGACAAGAUAAAAAGUUGAGGCACUCAUAAUAAUGAUGAUAAUGUGUUUGGUUUGCCUUGAGUCCAGACACAGCUCUCAGGACUUGAGAGACUUUGGGAAAGUAACAAACAAAAUACUGUUUCUGAAAGAAGGUUUUGGGUAACAAGUUCUGGAUAACAGGGCAAACCAAUUCCAUCACCAUGAGUUGGAGCUUCCUGACUCGCCUGCUAGAGGAGAUCCACAACCAUUCCACGUUUGUAGGGAAGAUCUGGCUCACCGUGCUGAUUGUCUUCCGAAUUGUCCUGACUGCUGUAGGAGGAGAGUCCAUCUACUAUGACGAGCAAAGCAAAUUUGUGUGCAACACAGAGCAGCCGGGCUGUGAGAACGUCUGCUAUGAUGCCUUUGCACCGCUCUCCCACGUGCGCUUCUGGGUGUUCCAGAUCAUCCUGGUCGCAACUCCCUCUGUGAUGUACCUGGGAUAUGCCAUUCAUAAGAUUGCCAAAAUGGAGCAUGGCGAGGCAGACAAGAAGGCAGCUCGGAGCAAACCCUAUGCCAUGCGUUGGAAACAGCACCGGGCUCUGGAAGAAACGGAAGAGGACCAUGAAGAGGAUCCUAUGAUGUAUCCAGAGAUGGAGCUGGAAAGUGAGAAAGAAAAUAAAGAGCAGAGCCAACCAAAACCGAAGCAUGAUGGCCGGAGACGAAUUCGGGAGGAUGGGCUCAUGAAGAUCUACGUGUUGCAGCUACUGGCCAGGACUGUGUUUGAAGUGGGCUUUCUAAUAGGACAGUAUUUCCUGUAUGGUUUUCAAGUCCACCCAUUUUAUGUGUGCAGCAGGCUUCCUUGUCCUCAUAAGAUAGACUGCUUUAUUUCUAGACCCACUGAAAAGACCAUCUUCCUUCUGAUAAUGUAUGGUGUUACAGGCCUCUGCCUAUUGCUUAACAUUUGGGAGAUGCUCCAUUUAGGGUUUGGGACCAUUCGAGACUCACUGAACAGUAAAAGGAGGGAGCUUGACGAUCCGGGUGCUUAUAAUUAUCCUUUCACUUGGAAUACACCAUCUGCUCCCCCUGGCUAUAACAUUGCUGUCAAACCAGAUCAGAUCCAGUACACCGAGUUGUCCAAUGCUAAGAUUGCCUACAAGCAAAACAAAGCCAAUAUCGCCCAGGAGCAGCAGUACGGCAGCCACGAGGAGCAGCUCCCGGCUGACCUGGAGACUCUGCAGCGGGAGAUCAGGACGGCUCAGGAACGCCUGGACCUAGCCAUCCAGGCCUACCAUCACCAAAACAACCCCCAUGGUCCUCGGGAAAAGAAGGCCAAAGUGGGGUCCAAAUCUGGCUCCAACAAAAGCAGUGUUAGCAGCAAAUCAGGGGAUGGGAAGACCUCCGUCUGGAUUUAAUCUUGGUUGGGCUUAAAACUUGGGUUUUCAUAGUUUAUGGUGAGCAGCGGCUCGCUGAAUAAUGACUUCCAUUGAGUAAACAUUUGGCUCUGGUUAUCUUCAGGGAUGCUGUUGGCUCAUGAUCCAAACUCAGGGGACUCUGAAGGUGGAGCUGGGAUGAGUGGGGAAAGGGAAACACAGUGUUCCCAGGCACAUGUUCUCAGCAAUAAUACAGUUGCAGAACUUUACAUUGUGUCUUCCAGAUCCAGAGAAGAACAGAUAUAUUUAAAUCAUUCUGUUGAACAGUUUUUGUAUGUACAGUAUUAUGGUACAUUUUUUUAGUAUGAUAACUUUUUUUUUGUAUUUGUACAUUGGACUGCUGUAGUUAUACUUUUUUAUAUUAAAAGAAAAAUCCUUGUAAAUAAUGCCUGUUAAAAGCUAGUGUUAUUACUUUGUUUAGCAAAUGUUACCUUGUGAUUAGAAUUGUAGUAGAUGCUACACUUAAUAAAAGUGCCUCUCAUGUUUUGGGAAAGA